UCGAGUAAAAUUUUCCUCGGAGAGUUCAUUUUGGAACGUACCCCAGAACGUAAGUAACCGAGGAAAAUUUUAUUCGAUGGCCGAUUAGAACCAAUCAGAAAGGCUUAAAAGAGAUUCGAACGGAACGGCCAUCCGAGUAAAAUUUCCUCGGUCUACUUACGUUUUGGAACGUAACCUUAAACAUUUACGCUAAAUCGGGGAAACGGUAAAAGACAAAUGGGCAAGAUACCGGCGAAGAAACAUCGAGGUGUCAAGGAUGUCGAAAAGCAGCGCGCCAAACGUUUAGCGGAGUUAGAAUUGCGCACGAAUAUUGCACCGAAGGACACGGAUGAACAGGCUAUUCCGAAGAGUCUUGAACGCAUGAUCAAAUUAAAGGAAGCCGCAAAGACCAACAAUAUUUCAAAAAGAAAACGAAAGAAGAAAAACGCACUCAUCUGCGUAGGUCAGCAACACUCCAAACUAAGUUUGCAUCCAAAAGCAAAACCUGAGAAAACUGUACCAGUGUUUCAACAACGACCAAAUGAAUCUGGUGAACAAUUUUUGCACAGAAUUUCCAAGGAUACGUAUGCCUUUCUUAAGGAGACUGCAUUUGAGAAAAAAUAUGGUGUUCAGAUUGAACGGGAUCUUGAAUCUGGACAAAUUCAGGGCUUAAUAAAGUGCAAACGCGAAAAGGACGAUGUAGAAAUAUUGCGAGCUCACAAAAACAUCAAGAGAAAAAAGAAAACAACUGAAACCUCUUUGACAAAGAACGAGAAACGAAAGCUGAAAUUGCAGUUGAAAAGAGAAAAGAAAUUAAAGAAUGCUGACGAGUUUGAAAAUUUGCAAGAUAAAAUUGCCUUUAACGAAGUAGCUCAUGAGCCUCCAAAAUUGAAUAUCAAAUCAAAGAAAAUGAAUGAAGAAAGGAAACCGAAGAAUUUGUUACUGAAUUCGCUACUAGAAAACUCGAAGGUUUCUUCUAAUUCCAAAGUGAUGGAUCGAUCUGGAAAAAGAAAAAACUUACCUGUGAUAGAAAGAAGAAAACUGGAGAAACAACAGAGCGAUGCUAUUGUUGCAUACAGACGGCUGAAGUCCCAGCGAUUGGCUAAUAGAAGCUGCUAGGAGAUUGGAUGUUAAAAUUCUUAUAAUGUAAUUUGUAAUUUUAUGAAGUUAGAAGAUUAUGAGGAUUAUCGAUAGAAUUUUCUUUGCUAAGAAAAUAUAAGCAAUAAUAAUUUUCAAUUGCAACAUUUGAAUCCGAUUUAACCCGUGG